AUGCUUCACGCAGCGCACGGCGCGCCGCGCCCGUCCUACCUCGACCUCGCGCCGUCCGACCCGCUCCUCGCGCGCCUCCUCGCGCUCUACACCUGGUUCCUCCCCUCGCUCGACUGGCGCGACCGGCAGCGCGUCGAGUCGGCCGGCGUCAGCUUCCGCAACGAGUGGGGGAGGCUCUUGCCCGACGAGAGGGACCGGGCUGUCGAUGUGCUCGUUGGGCGGUGGUGCGCGUUCAAGGCCGACGCGAGGAGCUUGGACCCGGCUGAGCUCGGGUACCAGAAGAUGUGCCGCACGAUCAAGGUCAUCAAGAGCACCAAUCUCGCCGCAACGCACGAGCUCGCCCACCUGCGCGCCUGGACCGUCGCCCUCGAGCGCGCGUUCCCGCGCUCGUGCGCCAGCCUCGUCGAGAGGUGGAAGCGCGACUUCUUCAGCGAGACGGGCGUCACGGUGACAAAGCUCAUGCGGUCGAGCGAGGCGGGGUGGGACGCCACGAGGAGGGGGCUCGAGACGGCGCCGGAGCUCGUCGAGAUUCUCGUGCGGGUUGGCGAAUCGCCUGCAUUAGCGCUCCCCUCGGCCGACCUCAUCCUCCGCCAAGCCCACACCGCCUCCCAGUCCCCCGCCGACCGCUUCCUCAUCUUCUCGACCUCGCUCAAGAGCCUCGCGACGCUGCACCGCGCCCUGCCGACCCACGGCGACUCGCUCGCCGCGCACGACGAGCAGGCGUCGCUCGUGCGCGUCGUGCUCGUUCUCGCCGAGGACGUCGAGGCGUUCGAGCGCCUCGAGACGGAGCAGCAGAGCUCGGUCGUGGAACGGGCGAGAGAUGUCGUGUUCGAGGCGGCGAGGAUGAGGCAGGAGACGGGGAGGCUGCCGUCGCUACGUGUCCUUGUACACGAGCUGCGCGAGGCCCUCAAGCCCAACGACUCGUCGAGCCAGCACUCGCAGUCGCCGCCCUUCCACUCGGCCGCCUCUCCUGCGCGUCGCCCCCUCGUCUGGUUCCCGCCGCACACGCCCGCCGACCCGCCGCCCGAGGACGACGCGAGCCUGUUUGCUGCUCGGCCCGCCGGCGUCGCCAGCGCGCUCGCGGCUCUCGACAGCCUCGUACAGCAGCUCCAACUCGCCAUGCAGGCCGAACCGUCGCGCAGGCCGGACUACACCCUCCCGACCGCGUCGCUCGAGUCCGCCGACCCAGUCCUGCACCGACUCAAGCUCGUCAUCAGCUGGUGGCUGCCCUGCCUCGACGGCGCCAGCAACCGCAAGUACCGCAACAACGCCGUCGACGCUGUCUACAGCUUCAGCAACGGGUGGGGGACCUUCCUGCCCUCGGAGCGCGAGCGCGCGGUCGACUUUCUCGUCUCCGUUUGGUGCAAGUGGCAGGUCGACCCCACCCAAGUCGACCCCAACAUGGUCGUGAGCUACAAGAACCUGAGCCAAGAGGUCAAGCGCACGAUCGCAACGAUCAAGAAGUCGCGGGCGGAGACGGCUCACCGCGGCAUGCUCCGGGUCGGUCAAGACGUCGUCCGCUCGUACCCGUGGGAGGCCGUCGAGCAGUGGUACACCGACGUCUUCGGCACCGGCGUGCAGGGCCUGACCGUCACCAAGCUCCUGCGGGUCCCGCAACAAGGGUGGACCGUCAUCCAGGAGACGCUCGAGCACGGGCAACACCUGCUCCGCGAGGGCGUGUCUACAGAUCAAGCACUGCCGUCGCUCGACCUCCUCUUUGAUGCGGCGCAAAAGGCGACGCAAACCGCCCUCGAACGCAGCGAAAUCUUCCACCGCUGCGUCGACGACCUCCUCACCCUGUGCGAGGCUGCACGCCGCAGCGAGCACGUCUCGCGCGAGGGUCACGAAGCCUACCUCGCCCGAGUCCGCUCGGUCUUCCUCAGCGCCGACGAGGUGCGGCGCUUCGAGGAGCAGCUCAGCUACCCUCAGCAGACGUCGGCGGUUGCACUCGCGCGAUCUUGGCUCUUCUCGGCGUGCCAAGGGCAUGAGCUCAAACACCCGGUCCCGGACCUCGCCGACAUGGCUCACGACCUCUAUCGAGCGACUGGACACGACGAGGACGCCGUACGGCGUGCGCUCGCGCCGCCGGAAGGCUACUUCCUUCGCCCUCGUGAGCCACUGGCUUCCACCUACAAGUGGGCGGUGCCGCGCACCCACGACAACAUGCACCCGGACGGUCGCUCCCUGCGCAGCCUCUCCGUCCGGGCCCGGCACAACGAGCGCAGCCCUUACCGCCCGGAGCGUCGACCAGCCUUUUGUUAGAGUGCCUGCGAAU